AUGGUCAUAGUAAGAGCUACUCGCUCAAAAGUUCAUCGAUGUCAUCAUCCGCGAUCCGUAACUCAUGAUGCAUCACAAUCGACUCACGUAAUCCAUGUGUGUGUACGAUCAAGACCGAAAAUUCCUCUUCCAAACAAAGUUACAAUGACAUCUGAAAAAACUCCACAAGUAAUCAUAAAUCCUGUUCAUUCAACACAGUCUACUAGUCUUCGUUCAGAUUUACAAAAAUAUCGAAUUUCACCAGAAUUCGAAGACCAAUCGGUUAUCACAGUCAACAGUUCAAAACUAACAGAGGCUAAAAUGUUUUAUUCCAAUUCAAAUGGCCUGGGAAUCACAAGAGAAUAUCAUAGAGAUUCGAAUAAAAAGAAAAAAGAAAAACAAAAGAAAAUCUUUAUAAGUAUUUCAAUCGCCAUUGGUAUUGUGCUUCUCGUAUCGAGUAUUCUCAUUCCUGUACUUCUUUUGUUGCCAAGAACGAAAACAACAUAUCCUGAAGCUAAGUUACGUUGGAAUUCAACUGGAAUAACUGUUGCCGGAAUUACUGGACUAUCAGGUGUAGCGAACAAUUGUUUGAAUACACCAAUGAGUGUGGCGAUAGAUCGGCUAAAUACUCUGUAUAUUGCUGAUUACACUUGCUAUCGGAUUCAACGUUGGCUUCGAGAUGCAACUUCAGGUACAACUGUUGCGGGAAAUCUCAAUUGCACCGCAGGAUCAAUUUUGACCGGAUUGACAUUGCCCACUCAUAUUCUGUUAGAUUCUGAUGACAAUAUGUACAUAACAGAUUAUAGCUCUUCGAAGAUUCUUUUUUGGCCAAACAAUGCUACGAUAGGAAGAAUAAUUGCUGGAACGGGUGUCAUUGGUAAUGCGGGCAAUGAAUUGUUCACACCAUUUGGUCUGACAAGAGAUUCUGAUACUGGUACACUCUACAUAGCGGAUACUGGUAAUCAUCGAAUAAUGCGUUAUCUCUACAAUGCAACUUCAGGAACAGUAGUUGCGGGAGGAAACGGACCAGGACUAAACUCUUCACAAUUACAUUCUCCUAGUAGUGUAUAUUAUGAAUCUUUCUCAGAUAGUCUUAUAAUUGUUAAUUUCAAUUUAAAUAAUGUUGUUCGUUGGAAAAUAGGUGACAGUCGAUGGAAAUUGAUUACUGGUACUGUCAAUGGAACAAUGGGUUCAACAUCAGCACUUCUUAGUUCACCAGUUGGUAUGACAGUUGACCCAAUGGGAAAUAUAUAUGUUGCAGAUCUUAACAAUCACCGUAUUCAAUUCUUUUUAUCGGAUGAAGCUAACGGAACAACUAUUGCUGGCGUUUCAACCGUAUCUGGAAGCGAUACUACACAUCUCACUACUCCAUAUGGCGUUGCACUUGAUAAUCAACUUAACUUAUAUGUCGUUGAUACUGGCAAUCACCGUAUUCAAAAAUUCCUUCGAUAUUAA